UUCUUUUUUUUUAACAAGGUGUCCGGACUUGCGUCCGACUAGAUCCUUGUCCCUGAACUUCCGGCCCCUCAGCAGCUCAGGGAGGUAAAUCGCAGGAUGUGCCCUUAUUGGCUCCCAGGUUCCCACAACUCAUUUGGACUCCUUCCGCAAAGAGAGCUCUCCUCACUGGGCGUUUGUUCACACCAAUGGCUUCCUCUCCAUAUGGCUCCCAUUAUCUUUCUUUCUUUGCAUGCAAGCCAGGUGGGGAGAGUGGGAUCCCAAGUGUCUCGCACUACUUCAAUCUGCCAGUUGUUAGAUUAACACCACUUGGGAUUCCAAGUCUACAAUUGAAUUUGUGUACACCGGCGGAUUUUUAUUUUUCUCAACCAUUAUAUGGCGAAUCAAGGCAAUUAAAGCUUUCGCAAGGAGGAAGAAAUUUGGGGAUUUGCGGUAUUGUGGGAAAAAGGAGCAUUUUGGUGCCAAUCAAGGCAAUGGAGUCUUCCAAAACGACGUCGCCCAUCAAUGGGAAUGCAGGCAGUUUCCGGCAAUCCGGAUGCAAUUCCGGCUAUGAUGUGCUUAGAAAUGAAUGUGAUGAUUUUUCCGAUAAAAGUAUGGCCCAGAUGUCUACAAUUGGAAAUUCGACGAAUAUUGUUUGGCACAAAUGUAUUGUGGAGAAGAGUGACAGACAACAGCUGCUUGGGCAAAAGGGUUGUGCCAUUUGGAUUACUGGCCUCAGCGGUUCAGGAAAAAGUACUUUGGCAUGUGCUUUAAGUCAUGGCUUACAUGCUAGAGGAAAGCUCACCUACAUACUUGAUGGUGAUAAUGUUCGCCACGGUCUAAACAGUGACCUUGGUUUUAAAGCUGAAGAUCGAGCGGGGAAUAUAAGAAGGAUUGGAGAGGUGGCAAAGUUAUUUUCAGAUGCUGGAGUUAUUUGUAUUGCAAGUUUGAUAUCGCCUUACAUUAAGGACCGUGAUGCCUGUCAUUUGUUACUUCCAGAAGGAGAUUUUAUGCAGGUAUUUAUGGAUGUUCCUCUUCGAGUCUGCGAGACGAGGGAUCCAAAGGGAUUAUACAAGCUUGCACGAGCUGGAAAAAUCAAAGGUUUUACAGGCGUUGAUGAUCUAUAUGAGUCACCAUUAAAUUCUGAGAUAGUAUUGCAUCAACAUGGAGGCAUGUCUGAUUCUCCAACAAAUUUGGCUGAAAUAGUGAUUUCGUACUUGGAAACAAAAGGGUACCUGGAGGCUUAAUUUGCAAAUGCUUUUGUGCUUUUGUGUAAUUGUAUUAAUAGCGUGUUUAACAUUGAUUUUUUAGUUAAAAAAAAUUGAUAAAAGUUGGCGAUUUCAUAAAAUGUGAUUAAAAAGUGGAUAAAAGCGUAUACAGAAGUUUUUCUUUUAAGUGAUCUAGAAGCAUUUCUUGAUUCUGCU